AUGGCUACAUUCUCACCCAACAGUGUCAUCGAACCUGUCUGUACGUCAGCCCCAGUCUUACCCAACAGCGUCAUCGAACCUGUCUGUACGUCAGCCCCAGUCUUACCCAACAGCGUCAUCGAACCUGUCUGUACGUCAGCCCCAGUCUUACCCAGCAGCGUCAUCAAACCUGUCUGUACGUCAGCCCCAGUCUUACCCAACAGCGUCAUCGAACCUGUCUGUACGUCAGCCCCAGUCUUACCCAACAGCGUCAUCGAACCUGUCUGUACGUCAGCGCCAGUCUUACCCAACAGCGUCAUCGAACCUGUCUGUACGUCAGCCCCAGUCUUACCCAACAGCGUCAUCGAACCUGUCUGUACGUCAGCCCCAGUCUUACCCAACAGCGCCAUCGAACCUGUCUGUACGUCAGCCCCAGUCUUACCCAACAGCGCCAUCCAACCUGUCUGUACGUCAGCCCCAGUCUUACCCAACAGCGUCAUCGAACCUGUCUGUACGUCAGCCCCAGUCUCACCCAACAGCGUCAUCGAACCUGUCUGUACGUCAACCCGAGUCUUACUCAACAGCGCCAUCGAAUCUGUCUGUACGUCAGCCCCAGUCUUACUCAACAGCGCCAUCGAACCUGUCUGUACGUCAGCCCCAGUCUUACCCAACAGCGUCAUCGAACCUGUCUGUACGUCAGCCCCAGUCUUACCCAACAGCGUCAUCGAACCUGUCUGUACAGCAAUAAUUUUUUUUUUAAAUUCAAUCGAUCUGGAGCCGUCUCCGCAGUGA